AGAUAUGCCGCAGACGGUACGAAAUGCGCGCGCACUUAACCGCGCGCCGCCAAUAACCCGUCGCAAAACGCGGCAAGCGCGCGCCUCUAUCGAUGAACAGUGAAACGUGCACACACCCGACUAUAUUGUGAAAAUUUUGUGUUACAAAUUACUAACAGUGAAAAGUACCUAUAUAACCUAACAAAAAUAUUAAAACAUUUUAUAUUAACUAAGAAGUUUUUCACGGGAUACAUGUUAAUACAUGUUAGUGACACGAUAGUGAUCGUGAGAUGGGAGAACAAGUAAAACGGGUAGGGCGAGCGCGCUGACUGGGCAUGUGGGCGCGCGCGGCGCGAAUCCUGCGGCGCGUGGCGUUGCUGGUCCCGCUGUUGUUGACCGCGCUGGCGCUACUGCUGCUGCCGCGCCCUCCACCCUUCAGCACCUCAGCGCGGCUCCCAUCACCACCAUCAACCCAACCAUUAGUCAGAGAUGAAACUCACGCCCAAAACUCCAUAACAGAAAAUGAAAUUAUAUUUAACGAAGAAGGCGAUGAGUUUUCUAAACGACCAUGGUUCAUAUCUGGAGGUGAACAACGUCCAAAACGUCAUGAACCUCAUGCUAAGAUCUUCCCCGAAGAUUCUCCAGGUGAUGACAGGAUUGUCGAGCAAUUAAUGUAUACGUUGCCAAAAGAUGAAGACGUGCCUAUCAAGAAAAUAUUAUUAGCGAACGGGUUAGGAACCUGGGGGGUAUCAGGUGGAAGAACCGAGUUCAUCAGGAACAAAUGUCCCGUUGAUCGGUGCACGUUAACAGCGGACUCACGGGAGGCCGCCACGGCUGAUGCUAUAUUGUAUAAAGACCACCAUACACCCUUCAAUGUUAAAAGACCAAUUAAUCAGAUUUGGAUACUAUAUUAUUUAGAAUGUCCAUAUCACACAGCAUCUCUUCGUCCUACGUCCCUGGACGUAUUCAACUGGACGGCGACUUAUCGUCGGGAUUCGGACAUAGUUGCUCCAUACGAGCGAUGGGUUUAUCACGAUGCAUUAAACACAGAGAAAGACUUAGAGAGGAACUAUGCUGCAAAUAAAACAAAAAAGGUCGCAUGGUUCGUCUCAAACUGCCACGCCAGGAACCGACGUUUACAAUAUGCCAGACAAUUGUCUAAGUUCAUUCCGGUCGAUAUCUACGGCGCAUGCGGCUCCCACCACUGUCCGCGCGCUGAUCCCAACUGUUUGGAAAUGUUGGAUAAGGAGUAUAAGUUUUAUCUGGCUUUCGAAAAUUCUAACUGUCGUGAUUACGUCACUGAGAAAUUUUUCGUAAACGGAUUGCAACAUGACGUCGUACCCAUAGUAAUGGGAGCACGUCCCCCCGAAUAUGCAGCAGUGGCGCCACAUAAUUCAUACAUUCACGUCGAAGAAUUCGCAGGACCAGAAGAGUUAGCUGCUUAUCUGCAACGCUUAGACGAGGAUGACACACUUUACAACUCAUAUUUCAAGUGGAAAGGCACUGGCGAAUUCAUUAAUACGUACUUCUUCUGUCGCGUGUGUGCGAUGGUCCACGCAAACGGCCGGCGCCAGCGUAGUGCUCACUACACCGACGUGCAGGCGUGGUGGCGCGACGGCGCCUGUACGCGCACUGAGUGGCGCGCCACGCGUGAUCAGCAAAGCCUACGAGACCCGCCAUAAUCAAUUAGCUGUAUAUUAAAAAAACCCUUAAUUCUUAAUUGACAACCAAAAGACAAGGUCAGGACAGAACUACGUAGAACAUCCAUUGUACCUACAUUUUAAAGGCAAUUUGAUUUUUGAGACAGUCAUUAAAGGCACAUUACGCUCGAGCUUUAUCGUCGCAUCUCUGUAAAUUGCAACCCCAAAAAUGGUCCUAUAAAGAUAUUUAACCACACAUGUGAAAUAUCGAUAAAUAUUUAAUCUUUAAAUUAAAAUCGCAUCAUUAACGUGGAUUACUUUGAAAAGACGACCUAAUUCUCUUAAGCACAAAAUAUUAAGUGUUACUUAAAUUUUAUUUCUAGUUUUAAUAAAAUAUUUUAUAAAACGUGUUUUUUUUAAGUGGGAAAGUAUGUGGGGAAAUCUUAAAAAUAUAUUAAUUACAUUAAGUAUUAUAAUCUAAACAGUUUCAGUCAAGCAUUAGUUGUUCAUAUUUUUUGUUCUUUCUAUCUAUCUACUUCGAAUCGGUGGUAAUGGCUACAAUUAUUGCACACAUAGACUGAUAUAACAACGGCAAAAA